AUGCUUGAGCAAAAAGGUCCCGUUCGGUCAGGGAAGGUUAGGCGAGUUAUUGUGCAACCUAAAAGACGAAAGCUUGAAGAAACCCCAGCCACCGAUCAGGAGAUGAAAUCAUCAGCACCGACCAUUGAUGUAAACAAGAUUCCUGUAUCUUCUGAGAAUUUUUUAGAUAUCAUUAACAAAAAGAUGGUAUAUGUUGAUAAAACAGAUGUUAUUCAUGAUAUGUUGGAAUUUUCCUCCUCUAUAUUCAUUGCAAGACCUAGAAAGUUUGGAAAGUCAUUAAUCUUGGAAAUAAUGUUACAUAUUCUUGAGGGAUCCAAACAUUUGUUUGAGGGAUUGAAGAUUUGUACGAACAGAGAAAGAGAGUGGACCAAGCAUGCUGUAUUUAGGUUUAACUUUGCUCAAAAUGCUGGGGACGUUGUUGUACACUUAAUUCUUGGCAUUGAAGAUGUUUGCAACAAAUAUGGAAUAACUGUGGAACAGAUGAACGAAUCUUUCAAGCUGAAAACUGUGUUAUUGGAAUUUAAUCGUGUUGUAAACACUCUAACAAAUCAAGGAUGCAAAAUUGCAGUGUUAGUUGAUGAGUAUGACAUUCCAAUUGUAAAGUAUAUUGAGAAAGAUCACACUGAGGAGGAAUUGCUUCAAAUCAAAAACAAUUCUGAACUGUUGUCACAAUUUUUCAAUGAGGUAAAGAAUAAUAGAAACGUUUCAAAAUUCAUUGUCACCGGUGUAGCCAAAUUUACCAAGACCUUACACUUCUCAGCUGCAAACCAUUUAAAAGAUGUAUCCAGUCUGCCACUAACCUCCACACUUUAUGGAUAUACAAGAGAGGAUUUGAAAACCUACUUUAGUGAUUAUCUGGAAGCACUAGCUUGUAAAAAGGGUCAAUCUGUAUCAAAAUUAAUUGAUGAUAUUGUGGAAUACUAUAAUGGAUAUUGCUUUUCGUUUAGCUCUGAUGCAACAGUACUCAAUCCAUUUGACAUCAACGAAUUAUUGAAGGAGCAAAGCACCCAAUUUAAACCCUACUGGAUAAGGCAUGGAAGACCAACAUACAUUGGUGAGAAGCCAUGGGCAGAAUGCGUAGAUAUUGCAAGUUGGAAAGAUACAUCCAUAUCAGAAACUAACUUUGACAGGUUUGAACCAGUAUCUAUUUCAUCCAAUACAUUUAUUCCAGGACCAUUUCUAGUACAACUUGGACUUCUUACUAUUUGCAAAAAAGGAAAUGGAUAUUAUUUAGAUUUCCCAAACAUGGAAGUCAAGUCUACCUUUAUUGAAGCCCUUGUAGAAAAAAACAAAGAACACCUGAUGUUAGAACAUGCCAGGGUUUGUCAAGAAUAUAUUAGAUCAAAUGACAGUGAUGGUUUUGCAGAUCAGCUAAAAUCAUUUUUUACAUGUUUGCCCUAUGCACACACUUGGAGAAUUGUCAAGUUUGAGGCUUAUUAUCAUACAUGCCUUUAUAAAGCUAAUGUCUCUUAUGGGGUAUAA